CAGUAUUUGUAAUAAACGACAGUGCUGGUCUUGUAAGCGGCUCGUCUUAGAUGUCGGAGAGUAACUGUAUUAAGUUUUUUGUAAAUAUUAUAAUACAGUAAGCACAGUGCUUGGGAACAGGAAUAUUAUUUAUUGCAUACUGAAAGGAUUCCCAAAAUCAUAAGAUGGAUAUAAUUGAGCCGAAUAAAAGAAAGGAAAGAGCGGGCGGGCUCCCAUCGAGUUUUUAUUUACCUGUGGAAACUGACUCGCUGACACAUCUGUGACGUACGAGGCCUCGUCAGCAGUGGUCACGUGACUUAUGGCUUGCUCGACGCCGUUUUCGGAACACUGCUUUGACACGCCUCUACUUCAUUUGCUCGACUCAGAUUCGAGCAGGAAGGCUCGAGCAUCCGAUCUCAAGAGGCGACAAAAUAAUCCUGACCGAAGGCGAACGCAAUCAAAAACAUCAAGCUAAAAAGGAGAGACGUGGAAAUGAGAUGAGGUGAGGAAAUCCAGGCCACGAAGAGCAACUGUAAAAAGAAAAUGAGGUAUCCCGCUGAAGUCACUAUGAAAGAGCUUCACCCUCAGAAGCGCGAUUCCCUCCACGUUAAACAGGAGGUGUCGGAGAUGCCGUACAUCAAACAGGAGGUGGAGCCACAGACCCCCAGCAUUAAAGAAGAACAGGAAGAGGAAAUCCCCAAGUUUUCAAUGACUGUCAGAGUAAAGAGUGAAGAAGAUGAAGGUCCAAGCGAAAAGAGCGGAGCAGCAAAACCUUCGAGCGACGGCUCAUUUCAACCCUUGACAACAAAAGGAGAGGGACGAUCGCAACCUGACGGUUUGUUAGCGCCGCUCUCAGAGAGUGACGACGUAACUUCACACUCUUCUGAUUUUAACACUGAUGAGGAGGAUAAGGACUUUGACCAAGAUGCUUCAAAAUUCUUAAACAAGUCUUCAUUGAAAAGAAGCACGAAAGUGGUUGGGAAACCUUUUACCUGCUCACUUUGUGAUAAAACAUUUUCUCAGAAACAUCUCUUAAAAAGACACAUGCAUACACACACCGGAGAGAAGCCUUUUGCUUGCUCAUUAUGCGAUAAAAGAUUCACCACGAAAACACAAUUAAAUGUCCACACAAGAACACACACUGGAGAGAAACCUUUUCCCUGCUCAGUUUGCCAUAAAAGAUUCUCUCGGAAAGAUAUACUAAAUUGUCACAUUAAAGCCCACACUGGAGAGAAGCCUUUUCAAUGCACAUCUUGUGGUCGAGCAUUCACUUUAAAGGGAUAUUUAAAGAGACACACAAGGAAACAUACUGGAGAGAAGCCUUAUGGCUGCACAAGUUGUGGUAAAAGAUUCAUCGCGAAAGAAGUUUUUAUAAACCACACAAGAACACACAGUGGAGAGAAGCCUUUUGCCUGCUCUCGCUGCAAUAAAAGAUUUUUUAAGAAGCAUGAUUUAACAAUACACACGCGUACACACACUGGAGAGAAGCCUUUUGCCUGCUCUCGCUGCGAUAAAAGAUUUAGUAAGAAGCAUAAUUUAACAAUACACACGCGUACACACACUGGAGAGAAGCCUUUUGCCUGCUCUCGCUGCUAUAAAAGAUUUCGUAUGAAGCAAGCGUUAAAAAGACACACACAAACACACACUGGAGAGAAGCCUUUUUCCUGUUCUCGUUGAUAUAAAAGAUUUUGUUCGAAGCAAGCGUUAACAAAACACACAAGUUGUGGUAAGAGAUUUACAAGUAGCUGCUAAUAGAUGCUGAUCUUUUGUUAUUGCUGUGUCAGUUAGCAUCCGCACAUCAUCUGAAACAAUCAUGUAAACUCGACCUUAGUAUUCGACCACUAUUGAAAACGCACAAUAAACAGUACAAAAGGGGUUACAAUGGGGCAAAUAAGUAUUUAGUCAACCACUAAUUGUGCCAGUUCUCCCACUUGAAAAUAUUAGAAAGGCCUAUAAUUGUCAACAUGAGUAAACCAUAACCAUGAGACAGAAUGUGGAAAAAAAAACAGAAAAUCACAUUGUUUGAUUUUAUUUUUUUUUUAAAGAAUUUAUUUGCAAAUCAUGGUGGAAAAUAACUAUUUGGUCAAUAUCAAAAGUUCAUCUCAAUACUUUGUUAUGUACCCUUUGUUGGCAAUAACGGAGGCCAAACAUUUUCUGUAACUCCUAACAAGCUUUUCACACACUGUUGCCGGUAUUUUGGCCCAUUCCUCCAUGCAGCUCUCCUCUCGAGCAGUGAUUUUUUUGGGGCUGUCAUUGGGCAACACGGACUUUCAGCUCCCUCCACAGAUUUUCUAUGGGGUUGCGAUCUGGAGACUGGCUAGGCCACUCCAGAACCUUGAAAUAUUUCUUACGAAGCCACGCCUUUGUGUGUGUUUGGGAUCAUUGUCAUGCUGAAAGACCCAGACACGUCUCAUCUUCAAUGCCCUUGCUGAUGGAAGGAGAUUUUUACUCAAAAUUUCUCGAUACAAGGCCCCAUUCAUUCUUUCCUUUACACAGAUCAGUCGUCCUGGUCCCUUUGCAGAAAAAUGGCCCUGCUUCACAGUGGGUAUGGUGUUCUUCGGAUGCAAUUCAGUAUUCUUUCUCCUCCAAACAUGAGAACCUGUGUUUCUACCAAAAAGUUCUAUUUUGGUUUCAUCUGACCAUAACACAUUCUCCUAGUCCUCUUCUGUAUCAUCCAAAUGCUUUCUAGCGAACCGCAGACGGGACUGGACGUGUACUUUCUUCAGCUGGGGGACACGUCUGGCAGUGCAGGAUUUGAGUCCCUGGCUGCGCAUUGUGUUACUGAUAGUAGCCUUUGUUACUGUGGUCACAGCUCGGUGUAGGUCAUUCACUAGGUCUCCCUGUGUGGUUCUGGGAUUUUUGCUCCCCGUUCUUGUUAUCAUAUUGACGCCUCGGGGUGAGAUCUUGCAUGGAGCCCCAGAUCGAGGGAGAUUAUCAGUGGUCUUGUAUAUCUUCCAAUUUCUAAUAAUUGCUCCCACAGUUGAUUUCUUUGCACCAAGCGAAGAGUUACAGAAAACGUUUGGCCUCCAUUAUUGCCAACAAAGGGUACAUAACAAAGUAUCGAGAUGAACUUUUGGCAUUGACCAAAUACUUAUUUUUCACCAUGAUUUGCAAAUAAAUUCUUUAAAAAUCAAACGAUGUGAUUUUCUGUUUUUUUUUUUUUCCACAUUCUGUCUCUCUUGUUUGAGAUUUACCCAUGUUGACAAUUACAGGCCUCUCUAAUCCAGGAGAACUUGUACAAUUGGUGGCUGACUAAAUACUUAUUUGCCCCACUGUAUCCCAUAAGCCAUUGUGAAGUCACGAAGGAUGGACGUAACGUGAACAUUUUUUAUAUAUUGCCGAGCAAGUCGCCACCUAAGGAGAGGGAGGCGAGGUAGCGCAGGACGGCCGGUUGGAUUGAGCGAGCGA